AUGAUCUUCUCCCUGAAUGAGCUCGUUCACUGGCUGGGCCUGACGAUCUUCGAGAUCUGGGUGAACCUCGCAUCCCUGACGGUGUUCACAGUCCUCUUGGCUCUGAAGCUUGAUGGGAACUACUUCCUGGGCUUCUCGGGCUGGUGGACCGUCUUCACUCCCCUUUUCAUAGCCGAUGGACUCAACACGUACUUCUGCGCCAUAAUAUUCAUCAGGAUGCACAUGGAGGGAAUGAUCAAGGUGGGUGUCCUGAGGGCCCUCUGGAGUCUCAUAUCAUUGCUUCUGGUCUUCGUGUUCAAGUAUCUUCUUUGUAAAAAAUUAUCUGGACAGAGCAGUCUCGAGUACUCGGAGGUUUUCAGCCCUGUCUUUAUUCUCCUCCAGCUGAUCGCUGUCAGGGCCUGUCAGCUUCACUGACCUAGGGCUCCAGUCGAGAGAAACAUUCAAGUUUGGAUGCUCAGUGCUUAUCCUGAUUUAAUAAACGGAUAUUUCGCUGCUGAGUUCAGGUGAAAUCGAUAUUUUUCAGGAAAGAAAAUUGGUCGUUGAACUGUGUUUAUACUACGUAGGGGUUAAGGAAUGAUGUGUAUAAGUUUUUUUAUUAUUAAAUGGUUAAAGUGAUUUUAUAAAA